AGGAGGCACGCGCGCUGCCGCGCGAGUCGCGAGAUUCAGCGAAGGAGCGAGAGAUAUACAUUUCACGCUAUAUAUGUAUGUCAGCGAGGUGGUGUGUCGGUGGUCGCUGUUGGUCCGUAUAUGCGGGAACUGUUAAAUAUUAAUAACGCCGUGGACGCUUUCGCCGGAAUGACGCGCGAGUGACGGACCGGGGCCCGAUCGGCGGUGGUGUCGCGGACGCCCGGACGGCAGCUAGAAUGCGCGGCCGCGCUCGGCGCGGAUCGUACGAAUUGCAAAUAAGCCGAGCGCCCGAUGGACGCGGCCAUGUUUCCUGCUAGCAGAAAUCUCGACUGUUAAUAAUUCGCUCGAUCGUCGGACCACGAAGCGGGGCGUGCAGAAUGCCGAAAUGCGAUGUGAAGACGAGGUAUCUGCCAGCUACACUCGCGUGGCUAAUGCUGCUCGUCACCACGGCGCUCUUCUUCAUCUUCCCGUGCUCCAACUACUAUGUCAGUCGGUGGGGUUUGUGGGUACCGGCUCUCGAAGGAGUCGUCACCUUCUUCGUAGUGGUCAACUUCUCGUUGGCGACGUUCAUGGAUCCUGGUGUCAUACCGAAAGCGCCUCCUGACGAAGACCGAGAGGAUGACUUUCGAGCUCCGUUGUACAAGAGCGUCGAGAUCAACGGCAUCACUGUGCGUAUGAAGUGGUGCGUCACCUGUAAGUUCUAUCGACCUCCACGUUGCUCACAUUGCAGUGUCUGCAAUCAUUGUAUCGAGACAUUCGAUCAUCACUGCCCAUGGGUAAACAACUGCAUUGGUAGGAGGAAUUACAGAUAUUUCUUCUUCUUUCUUGUAUCACUCAGUAUUCACAUGAUCUGUAUAUUUGGACUUUGUCUGUACUACGUACUGCAACAUAAAGAGAAGCUGAGUGAAGCUACUUCUAUUAUUUCGCUCGUACUCAUGGGAUUAGCAAUGCUCUUGGUCAUUCCAAUCUUUGGACUGACUGGCUUUCACAUGGUCCUCGUUUCCAGAGGACGAACCACUAACGAACAGGUAACAGGCAAAUUUAAUGGAGGCUACAACCCAUUUUCUCGUGGUUGUCUACGCAAUUGCUGUUACACACAGUUUGGACCACAAUACCCAAGGUAUUGCAAGGAGCCAAGUUUACUUAAGCCUGAUAAAUAUUCAGGAAAACGACGUGGAGCUUGCGCGUCAGAGAUAUCUACUAUAGGCAGUGAGAACCAGGUAAAGACCUACAUGGAUAGCAGCAAUGGUGUUAGAAAUGCCAGUUCAAAUGCUUACAAUAAGUUAUCACCCGGCCGAGACGGAUCCGACACGGACAUGGAACCGACAGCGUCUCAAUCUGCAGACUGCGAGCCUACACCACCGUUGCAAAGACACGGUUCCAAAAGCAAUUUCUUCCUGCCACCUGUGGAGAACAACGAGUCUCCCAGGCAUCCUCCGUCAUCACAGCAUCGCCAUCCAAUACAUUAUCCCAGAGGAAGUCCACAUCCAAGGCCAAGAGGGAUGAACGGAUCUCGAAGUCACACACCCGACCCGUUGUCACCAGAGACGAGCGGUUCGGCCGCGACGGUUCCUCAACGUGGUCCGGGUCAGGGUGGCGCCAGUCCAACGAUGCAGCAGCGCAUCAAAGCUAUUGGAGUGCCUACUCCGCUUGCCAUAUCCAGUCCUAUACGAAGAUCAAACCCGGGCACACCGACGCAGGUCCGUCGGCCGGAUUUCAUCGGCGUGAACGAGGCGCCGACCUACUACGACGUACAGCAGGGAAACAGUGCCGUAGUCGGUGUCACCGGGUCGGUCGUUACUGGCUACAGUCCGCAGCGGCGUUUCCUGUCGGAGAGCGAACUCGUGCGACAGGGCACCGAUCAUCCGUACUCGAGAACCAACAACACGGUCGACAACAUACGCGAACUAGCGGGCUCGCCGCAACGUGGUGUCUACAUGUGGAAAGAUAACUCUCCCGGCAGCUAUCCAGGUCCACCCGCUGGAACAGUGGUGAGCGGCGCGCCGCAUCAAUCGCCCUCGCAGCGACCGCACCCGCCGUACGAUUACUAUCGCUCGAAUCCGACAAGCCCGACCCAGCAGUCGUACGCGGCGAACGCUCCCAGAGCAGCGUAUCAUCCAGCCAUCAGGGGUGGAGUACCAGUCUUCCCGCCGCAGCCGCUCCAGUCGCCGCAGGUCAAGCGGAAAGCAGCUACGAUGGCGACGCCUACCACACCGACCUCGGGAGACGCGCGGCGUCGCCCGAUGUCCUUCGUCCGAGCCUUGGAGAUGACCGACUCGAUGGAAAUGGUCUCGGCGCCUAACGACUCGAGGUCGCAACGACCAACGACGCCGACGCCGGACCGGGCAAGCGUGUACGAUAUGAACUACGAGAUAUCCGUAUAGCCCAGUUUUCCGGUCUCCGCACCAUCCUGCGGCUGGACGGAGAUUCUACAAGAGCCGCCUACGAGCAGUCUACGCGUCUCACGCUCCAACGAGGAAAGGAUGUACGCCAUUUACGAGAUAUCCGUUUGAAUUCUUCCGCGAUCGAUGGCAGUUUACGUCGCAUGUUUCACGUCGCGCAGCACACUUUUAAAGAUGCAAGCCACGGUCGGUUUCUUAAUUUCCUUUGUCGCCGUUCACACGGGACCGCCGUUAUUCUUGAAAUACGAUCAUUGCUCGCCAUCAACGAUCAGCAUAUGCUUAACGUGUACAUUCGAUAAACCACCAGUGAUGUGUGUGCGUGAUUCAUAUCGUGAUUGAUAGCAUUCGCUCUUCUAGUGAGCCCAUCGACGUAUCCACUGAGGAGCGAUCCGAAUUUAAUCCAUUGUGAAUUCGUACGAAGCGGUACACAUGUGAUAAACAUUUCUUUCUCUUAUUCUUCCUUUGGCAUUGCAAUCUUACCGUAUGGCAGUAGAGAGACCUUGCAUUUCAUGCAAGAUGCAUCUACGGCAUGCAGACGUCCUGUCCUGUCGUAUCACCAGUAAUAUCAUUGAUUUAGUCAUCCUUAACGGGAGAAUAAUAGAUUUCAACGUGCGUAGCAGUGAAAUAUGUUCGUUAUGUCGAGAAUAACAGCGUUCGGUCCAACUGACGAUCCGAAUUAACGAGUCACGGAGGCGUCAACGAAAGUAUAUCCCGAGCGCACAGAGGUUGACUUUUAUUGGAAUCGUCACCGAUAAUCGGCCCUCUCGCUUGACAGAAACAAUUCUAUUUUUUAGUACACGUUAAGGUCAGUUUAGAUUUUUAUACAAUGACACCGUGACUCACCCCCGUAUAGAAUACGAUAUUAAUCCAACGUCAUCCCUUCCGUUUUCUUUUCUUUUGUCCAUAUCUCUGUCGCCAAUAAGGUGCAUGAUUUGAUGAGAAAUGAGAAGAGCACUCUAGAAAUUACUCUUUAUUAAUUAAUGCUCCUUGGCUCUUCAGACAACAGGGAAAUCCGUGUCCAUUAAAGAGGGAAAAAAAAAGGAGUUACUUAACCAACUUAAGUCAUUACCAGAAUAGAAUAACAAAUUCUGUGUAAAAUAAUCGUGAAAUAUGUAGUAAAUUUUUAAUAUACAUAUUUAACAAUAUUUAUACGUAAACGAGUAAAAUACAAGACUUUAUAAGUUUUUUUGACUUGUUUGUUAUAUAUGAUGAUUUUAUCGAUGUGCCCACUAACAUAUUUUAUUUCUAUAUAAAGUUCGCAGAGAGAGAGAAAGAGAGAGAAAUAGGAACAGAAAGUAUGAGUGUAUAGAAGCAAUGUGUGAAUGAGGAAUGUAUUUUCAGAAGAGUGAGAAGUAUAGCCCUAGUUUCUCAAAUGUAUACAGGGGUGGCUGUUCAUACGCGCGAACAUAAAAUAAAAACUAUUUUGAUUUUGUUAAAAAAAAAA